AUGAGGCUGCGCAUGGAGCCGGCGGCGGCCGUGUCGGGAAACCUCUCCCGCGGCGGCGGCAACGAGAGCGGCGGAGCGGCGGCGGCGGGGGCGGGGUGGUCGGCGGCGGCGCUGGCCUCGCAAGCGGCCGCGCUGCUGCUCAUCUUCGCCCUCUCGGCGCUGGGCAACGGGGCGGUGGUGCUGGUGAUCGCCCGGCACCGACAGCUCCGCACGGUCACCAACGCCUUCGUGUUGUCGCUGUCGCUGUCGGAGCUGCUGGGCGCCCUGCUGUGCCUGCCGCUGGCCUUCCUCAGCCUGCUCAGCCGCCCGCCCGGCGCUUGGCUCUUCGGGCAGCGCCUGUGCCUGGCCAGCGCCGCUCUCCACGCCGGGCUGGGCAUCGCCGCCACGCUCACCAUGGCCCUGCUCUCCUUCGACCGCUACUGUGCCAUCGUCCGCCAGCCCCGGCACAAGAUGGGCCGGCGCCGCGCCGCGCAGCUGCUGGCCGCGGUCUGGCUGGCGGCCCUGGCGCUGGCCGGGCCCUGGUACGGGCUGGCGGGCGAGGGCCGUCGCGAAGCCCGUCCCGGCGCCUACCGCUGUGUCUACGUGCUGCCCUGGGGCUCCUCGCGGCUCGGGCCGCCGUACGGCGCCGCCCUCAUCGUGCUCUGCUACCUGCUGCCCUUCGCCAUCAUGUGCUUCUGCCACUUCAACAUCUGCCGGGCGGUGCGGCUGGCCGAGAGCCGCGUGCGGCCGCUCACCACCUACGGGCACCUGCUGCGCGCCUACGGGGAGAUGCGCACGGCCACCACGGUCCUCAUCAUGAUCGUCUCCAUCAUCUGCUGCUGGGGGCCCUACUGCAUCCUGGGGCUGGCCGCCGCCGCCGGCCGCCUGCCCUUCUCGCCCACCAUGGACGCCGUGGCCAGCGGGAUGGCCUGGGCCAACGGCGCCAUCAACCCGCUCAUCUACGCCGCCCGUAACCCCAACAUCUCGGUGCUGCUGCGGCGCAGCCGGGAGGGCGGCUACAGGACUAGGAACAACAUGGUGGCCUACCUGUCGGUGCCGGGCCGCCAGCCGGAGCCCCGGAGCCGGGCUGAGCGCGUCCGGGAGCGCUACAUCAAUCGGCACAGCGGCACUCCGGGCAGCGCCCUGUCCUCCUCCAGCCCGGCCAGCGGGGGAGAGCUGGCCGUGUGGGCCUGCAAGACUCCCGCUGUGCUCUUCUGUCGGGAUGGGCAGCCGGACACCAUCUCUGAGGCCACCCUGAAGGCCAAAGCAGGCACCAUCGACACCAGCCUCUGA